AUGCCGACGCACAUGUUACUCCGCUCUCUAUUCGUUGCGACUAUAUCAUCGAACAGAUUUCUGCUGAUACCGGCACUACAUCUUUUGUCCUUUUUGUCGAAACCAAGUCGGAGUUUCCUGUUCAAUUUAGAUCGAAAUCCAGUUCUAAAGGCAGUUUUGAAAAGGACAUUGUAUAACCAGUUUUGUGCGGGAGAAACAGAGCAGGAGACACAAGCUUGCGUCAAGCAACUCAAGGAUCUCGGGUUCAAAGGAGUCAUCUUGACGUAUGCAAAGGAAAUGGUAUUUGAUCACAAAGCAGGCUCUGCCAAGGAUCAUGGUUUGGAAAAGGGCAUUAAUGGAAAGGCUGCGUUGCAUGAUGCGGAUAUUGAAGCGUGGAGACAAGGGACGCUGCGGACGUUGGAUUUGAUUUCCAAAGGCGAUAUUCUGGCAUUGAAGACAACAGGCGGCGGCCCAGCCGUCUCCGCAGCAUUCAGCCAAGGCAGCCUCCCACCCCAGCAAAUGCUCUCAGCCCUCGACGAACUAGCCACAAAAUGCAAGCAACGCGGCAUCCAAAUCAUAAUCGACGCCGAGUCCCAGCACUGGCAGCACGGCAUCGCCCGCACUACCUUGGAGCUAAUGCGGAAAUUCAAUCGCGGAGGCAAAGCAGUCAUAUACAACACCUACCAGGCCUACCUCAAAGAAACACCCGCCGUAGUCCAGCAACACAUGGCGGAAGCCGAGAAAGACGAGUUUACCCUAGGCCUGAAGCUCGUGCGUGGCGCAUACAUUCUCUCUGAUAACCGGGCUUUGAUCCACGAUACAAAGGAAGAUACAGACAACGCGUACAAUACUAUAGCGCAGGGUGCUCUCCGCCAGCGACUCGGUCCCUUUGGAGGGAAACAUCGUCCCUUUCCGUCGGUCAAUCUACUGCUCGCAUCACACAACCGUGAAUCCGUAAUGGCGGCUAGCGCACUGCAUCGCCAGCGGGUGGAAGCCGGGCUGCCUACUGUACCGGUUGCGUACGGCCAGCUACACGGCAUGUCAGACGAAGUCAGUUUCUCGCUGCUUGCAGAAAAAGAUAAAGGUGGGAUAUCGCCGGAGGUCUUCAAAUGCACUACUUGGGGUAGCAUGGGCAACCUCGGCACCCCCAUUCUCUCAGGCCUCCUCAACUCACCCGAUGCCACCCAAUUCACCCACUACACAGCCUGCAUAUCCUCUGUUGCAUCCGAAUCCCGCCUCAGCACUCUCUUCGCCCAGCACAUUGCUUCGGAAAAACUAUCCCUAGCCCGCUCCACCCUCUCCAUCACCCACGCAAUCCAACACUCAAGCGUAAUCCUCCUCGCCGUCGACCCCUCGCAAGUAACCUCGCUCCUCAGCAUCCCCUCCAUAGCCUCUGCCUUCCACUCGCAACCCCCAAACUCCAGCAACCAAGCUGGAAAGUUGGUAAUAAGCGUAAUAGCCGGCCUCUCCACAACCUCCCUAUCUAGUACCCUCUUAUCCACCCCACCCCAAAACAACCCAACCCUCCACAUCCUCCGCGCCCUCCCCACAAUCCACGCCCAAAUCUCGCACUCACACACUGCAAUCCAACUCCCCCCCGCGUCCUCCCGGCCCUUCCCACACCACCACCUCGAAACAGCCACAUCCCUCUUCUCAACCCUCGGCACCACAGCACUCAUCGCCGAGCACCACAUGGCCGCCACAACAGCCGUAAGCGGUUCCACGCCCGCGUUCUGGGCUGUAAUCGUGGAUGCAAUGGUAGAUGCGGCGGUGGCGGUGGGUUUGCCGCGAGAGAUGGCGCAGGAGCAAGUGUACAGGAGUAUGAGGGGCAGUGCCGAGAUGUUUUUGCAGGGGUGGAAGACGGGCGAGGUGAGGGAUAUGGGGACGAGUCCGGAGGGGUGUACGAUUGGGGGGAUUAUGGUGUUGGAGGAGAUGGGGGUGAGGGGGGCGGUGGGGAAGGCGCUGAGGGAGAGUGUUACGAUUGCUAGGGAGAUGGGGAGGGAAGGUCAAGGGGAGAGACAUGUUAAUGAUACGAGGAGGGUGUGA